ACGAUUAUAAUUUCUUCAACUUAUUGUAUUGCUAUAAAAGAUAUUGAUCAGCGACCAAAUUCUCCAUCCAUCACAUUCUAGGGUUUUUCCUGUGGAAUCUUUUCAGUGACAAUGGAAGCAAAUGCAGAAGAUGAAAUAAUUCUCUCAUCCCUCCCAAUAGAGAGGGGUUUUGGAACACCCAGUAUGUGUCUAUUUCAAGAGUUUUGGUGUCCAUCAACUCUUGUAAAAGGGCUAAACAUUUUUCACAAGCAGUUUGAAGCAAAAGAUAGUGAUAUUUUUGUUGCAAGUUUUCCCAAAUCAGGCACUACAUGGUUGAAAGCCAUUACUUUUGCCAUUGUCAAUCGCCAAAGCUUGUCCUCCAUUGACAACCAUCCAUUGCUUACUUCCAAUCCUCAUCAACUUAUACCAUUUAUUGAAAUUAUGUGUCGUGAUGAUGCCGAUUGGCCAAGUACUGAACCAAGAGUUUUUGGAACUCACACUCCACUCCCUUCCUUGCCCAACUCCAUCAUGGAAUGUAAUUGUAAGAUUAUUUAUAUCUGUAGGAACCCUUUUGACAUUUUUGUUUCAGCAUGGAUUUUCUUUGAUAACAUUAAGCAAGAGUCUUUGACCCCAUUGAAAAUUGAGGAAGCUUUUGAAAUGUAUUGUGAUGGGAUAAUUGAGUUUGGUCCAUGGUGGAGUCAUAUGUUAGGUUAUUGGAAGGAGAGCUUAGCGAAACCAGAUAAGGUUUUGUUCUUGAAGUAUGAAGAUCUUAAAGAUGAUGCCAAUUUUCAAGUCAAAAGAAUUGCAGAAUUUUUGGGUUUUCCUUUCACCCAAGAGGAAGAAAAUAAUCAAGUGAUCGAAAGCAUAAGCAAGUUAUGUAGCUUUGAGGAGAUGAAGAACUUGGAAGUCAAUAAAUCUGGACUAUUAUUCCCAUCUGUGGAGAACAAGAGCUUUUUUCGGAAAGGAGAAAGCAGAGAUUGGGUAAAUUAUUUUUCUCCUUCCAUGACAGAAAAACUAUCACAAAUCAUGGAAGAAAAAUUUGGUGAAUCAGGUUUGUCAUUUAUGAUUUAGGAUAACGUAUUGUUAUAAAAUUAUCAUAAGUAACUAAGUGGCUACGGAAAAAAGUAUGUACUGUAUUGAGUGACAAUUAUGUGUUGUCACUUUGUUUAUCGUUCUUUUCGAAAUAAAGAGGUUUUACAUGUCGUAAACCCUUGUCACUAUUGCUGUUAUGUACCUUUCAUGUGUUUUGGUUGAAUCUUGUAUGUGCUCAGGCUUCACCUUUUUUUUUAGCAUAAAAUAUUUUAUAAGUAUAUUCAAAUUCAAAUUA